AUUAAAAGCUCAGAAAGAAAACUGUUUCUGUGUUAACUGCAAAUAAGUCAAAUUCUACGACUUUCGAUUAGUUGUAAUUUUGGAAGUUGUGUCAAACAAUUUAUUUGUUGACUGUUCAUCUAUACUUGGUGUGAAUGAGUGAACUCAAUCAGGAGGAUAAUGAGGAAGAAAAAGAAGAAAUCUGAAGAAACAAACAGAUUGUGUUGAAUCAUGUCCGAAGUUGUGGAAGGGAUGGUUCCCUGGUCCGGGUCCGGGCCCAGGUUAUGAUGAGAGACGAUUCAACGGGCGGAUGGGUACCUCUUGGAGGCGGAGGGCUUUCAAUGGUUGCUGUUCGUAAACGAAAAUUGGCGGAGGAUGACCUUGGCGGAGCCCUGGAACGUGUCACAACCUCAAGCCGAAUUGAAAAUGGCGGAGCGGAAAACUGUGAAGGAUACUGUCUCUACGAAUACUUGAUAAUAGGGAGACGAAUAUCUGAUGAUCACGACGUGCUUAGUUGUACCAUCAAGCGGGACUUUGAGUACAAUAGGGUUAUGCCAACCUUCCAUCACUGGAGAACAGGAAACAAAAAGUUUGGUUUAACCUUCCAAACUGCUGCAGAUGCGCGCACGUUUGACAAGGGAAUUACGCGGGCAGUUGAAGAUUUAAUGGACGAAAAUACUGUUGCAUGUAUUCAUAAACCAGCCCCUGAACCAGACUUUAAUUCAGACCCGUCUAAAGAUUACGAUGACAUCCAGACGAAAAAAGAAGGAGAACUAGGCGAGUACACCCCCCUGCAAAUCAAUAUGGAUGUGGGGGAGGGGGUGGAGGGGGAGGUCUUCAUGAUGCUUGAUCUUCCUUUAGAGAGAGAUUCCCAACCCAGCUCUCCUAGGUCCCCGCCGCCACGAGUUACAUCGCCGCCGCCGACAUCUCCUCACAGUGUUCGAUCCCGUGGUACACCAAGCUCUUCUAGUCCUUUAUAUCAGGAUACACCUAUACUUAACCAGUUAAACUCCCAGAGGCUUCAUCCUUUAACCCGUUCUAAUACAGUUGGGGGGCACACCAGGGGUUCCAUAAGGGGGUCUGGGCUCCCCCCUGGUGCCCCCCGCCCCCCUGGAGACAAUAUUUACGAGUGGUUGCACUCCUCUGAGCAGCAGCCACUCUCUAGAACCAAUAACAGUGCACUCAGUGUUAAAAGUGAUAAGUAUAUUGUGAUAUCGGGCCCGGCUGGUCGGGGGCUCUAUAGUCCUGAUCCGGGGCCGUAUAGUCCGGAUAGGGGACAUUAUAGCCCCAGCCGGAUUCCUUAUAGCCCGGAUAGAGGGCAUUAUAGCCCGGAUAGAGCGCCGUAUAGUCCUGACAAGGGUGACUAUGGGCCGGGGAAAGAGUGCUUACGGUUGGAUAAUGAUAACUUUAGUGAUACCUAUGUACGCUUCGAUAUCAAGGAUCCAGACCCUCAAUAUCACUACCCUAACCUAGACACACUUUCUAAUAUGGUGCCUGGAAUGGGUAAAAACGGCGGCCGACGAUGUUCCAUAUCAAGCUUAAAGGGGCAGACGGCUGGCCUAGGCCUGGAGGAUACGUUUAGCCCGGGAAAGGAAAAGGAUUGGAAAGGGAAGAAAGGAAAGAAAGAAAAGAAAGGUGGAUGUCGUCUCCAUUAUGAAAGAUGUGCCCACUGUCAGGAACUCUAUUCAGAGAGCGAAAAUAAGAAAGGGUCUUGCAGCUAUUCUCCGGAUAGAGUUAGACAGUGUAUCGACUGUGUAUCCUGUCUGGCGUGUGCUAAAUGUCUGUUGUACCAUUGUCAUUAUGAAGAUGAAAACUUCAGUGAGGAAGAGAUUUGCACUUGCACCGACACAGACGGUCAUUUAGCAAAACGAUGGCUUGGUCUAUCCUUGUUGGCCGUGUUGGUUCCCUGUCUCUGCCUGUAUCCUAUGUUGACCGCCUGCUAUUCCUGUGGCCGGGCCUGCCAUGCCUGCGGUGGAAAACACGUGCCUGUUUAAGAAACCCCGCGAAUAAAAUUCAAAAUGGCGGAGCAAAAAAUGAAAAUCCUCCAAAUAUCUUAUUAGACUGAAAUUAUGGAAACAAUCAUUUUAAAAAGUUGGCGCUAGUUUUGCAAAUUUGCAAAUCUAGGCCUGACUUGUGUAUUUAAUCAAGACUUUUGUUGACUGUAUUGUUAACCAAAUAUUUUUUUUUGGUUUGCUUAAAGUAAAUCAUAUUCUCGACAUUCAAGGUCGGCAAUCUUAAAAUAAUGUCAGAAUUGAAACAAUAAUCAUUUCCACAUCUGUUACAGAAAUCGUUCGUGCGUUAAAUCGUGCCGAAUUAUCAUCGUAAAACCGCGAGCAGCUAUUAGUGUGCCUGUCAGCGCCAAAAAUUUAGUUUCAAUCUUUUUUAGAUUAUUAGUCAAUAAUUGUUGCAUAUACCAGUCACUCUAUAUUUGUAUCGCACAUUUAUUCCCAAAUUUACAUUUCUUGUUUCAAUGAAUACUUCUGCUAAAAAUUUUAUAGAAAACUUGUUUGCAUAUAUUUUCAAAUUUUGUUUGUUCUGCCUGCAAAACCAGUAAAAUAUUAAAAUGCUUCUGUAAACAUAAAUUUGAAAAUUUAUUUAUUUUUUACGUGACAAGCCGAAGAGAAGCAUUUUGCAUCAUGCUUAACUAAGAUUUUUUGUAUUUCGGCUGCUUAAAGUCUUGAAGAGCUUUCCUAACAGAACAGUAUAUGACCAGAGCUGAAAACUUUAGAAUUGUGGAUAUCGAGAUCAAAUCGUCAUCUCCUCUUUUAUUACUUCUAAGAUAUAUCCGAAAAAAGGGGAAAAGUACGACAUGGUAUUUUUAGAUUAAGCGAUCUAUAUUAAGGUUAUCCAUCCAAUUCUAAAGUUUUUAGCUCAGACUGAGUGUUUUAAAUACUUUUCAGUGGAUUUUCUAUAUCUAUUUUUUCCUGUUUAACACAAUCAAAUAUUUUGGGUUCUUCUAAAUUUUCACAUUUUCGGCCACCAUGGUCGAUUUUCUUUAUUAUACAUUUAUAUAUAUGUUACGAUAAAUAUCUCAUUUUACUGUUUGAUAAAUGCGAAAAAUUAUUGUUUUGCUUGUUUUUCACUGUAAAGUUUUUUGACUAACCAUGUUUAACACUUAUUUAUGAAGUAUUGAGAUUGUAGGGUAUCUCUGAAAACAUUUUAAUUUUGUUGUUACUUUAUAUAAGACUUAUUUCUUUCAGUUUGGUAUGCCCUUCUGUCUUUCUCUAAAAUAAUAUUUUGAUAAUGUAGCUUUUAUUUCGCCUUUAUUUGGAGCAGAAGCUCUAAAUGAAUUUUGUUUGCUGUGUCUCCUUUCUCUCAAAAUGUAGCCCCCCCCCCCCCCUACACGUAUACUAAAGAUUAUAUUAAUGUGAUAUUUCGCCGUAGAAGGAAUAAUAUGUAUUUUAUUUC